UUUUUCUUUAUUUUGUCCCUUUUUUUUUGUUUUUGUUUUUGUUUUGUUAAAUCUCUUUCACUUUAACUUGUGAGCUGGUUUUCCAGUUCUUUGUAAAUGGUAUUCCAUUAAGGGUUCAUAACAUUGCAUUGCAAAUUAUAUUGGGAGAUGAUUAGUAGAGCUCAUCCUUAACAUAAAAGAAAUUUUCACAGUAAAUUAGGAUAUGGUUUCGUGAAGCUCAAUGCUAGUCUUAAUUGGUGUUUAUAAACUGAUCAGGUACAUUUUGUUCCCAAAACACUAAAACACUGAUGAGAUUCUUAGGAACACGUUUUGAUCUCAGUGUAACAUUUUUGCAGUUUUCUCCCAAGUCUGCAUCUCUCAUAAAGACCAACUGAUAGCUUCUAAUUUUCGUCCUCCUCCCUUAGAAUUGUAGGCAUACAAAAUCAUCAAGGAAAAUAAGUAAAUUUCUUAUAACAUUCUGGGGGUAGAGGACAAGAGGAGACUUCACUUUUAUGAUAUUUAUUAUAGAAAAUAGCAUUUCUUUGAUUUGAAAACACUUUUAAUUGCCUACGUGGGGAAUGGAUAUUUGAGAAACUGUUGAAUACUUACACUUGUGUGUGUAUUUUUUUGCUUGAAUUUUUUUGUUGAAAAAUGUUCAGAGAUUACUAGUUUCUAAAUGGAUUCUGAGAUUAGGAUGAGUGAGAGACAUUGUUUUUUCUCUCAGUUGUCUUUGAUGAGUACAGUUUGGGAAAAAUGCUAAAUGCUUAUUUGUUUUAUACUUUUAUACACUCUGAUAGUAUUUGGAGGGUAUAUUUGGUAGAAUUUUAUCCUGAAAAUUAAGCAAUGGAACUUUUUUCUUAAAGUAUCUUUAAUGGUAAUUAGAAAAGUAAAAAAUAUUGUGCUUUUAGUUAGACUUAAUACUUAUAAUAGUUUAUUAUACUGUGAGAGACAGUGAGAGGCAGACAACCUCCUGAUACUAUUUUUAAGCCAACACUGAAUGACUUUAUUAUGUUAAGUAAUCAACUUUUGGCCUGUAUUGAAUACCCGUUUUGUUUGUGUGGUCUUUCAUGUGGAUAGUUUUGCUUAUUUAAUGGACAGGUAAUAUUAAAUUGGGGACAUUACUAGAUUGGAACUCUUUAUUUGUUUUUUAGGUGCAUAAAUUAGGGUAGUGAAGCAUAGGGUUUGUACCUUAGGACCUCAGUUGACUUAUCAAGAUGUGUACAGGUUUUACAAAUAUUAAAAAAGUAAUACUUAUUUUUAACAGAUAAAGCAGGUCUGAUAGUGAUGUAAAUAGUAUAUUGAUGCAGCCAACACGAACGGUUGUCAUGUGUAACACAACUUUCGAUCACCGCGAAAACACCGUCCUGGGAAAGCGUCCAUGCUUGAUAUCGUUUGGUUCAUGAACAUUAAGUUUCCAGUACAGGUAAAAUCCCAGAGGAAGCCAAAGCUCUCUCUCUAUUGGCUCCUGCUCCAACCAUGACAAGUCUGAUGCCUGGUGCAGGCUUGCUUCCCAUACCGACUCCAAAUCCCUUAACUACACUGGGUGUUUCCCUUAGCAGUUUGGGAGCUAUACCAGCAGCAGCACUAGACCCCAAUAUUGCAACACUUGGAGAGAUACCACAGCCACCACUUAUGGGAAAUGUGGAUCCUUCCAAAAUUGAUGAAAUUAGGAGAACAGUCUAUGUUGGCAAUUUGAAUUCCCAGACAACAACAGCUGAUCAGCUACUUGAAUUUUUUAAACAAGUUGGAGAAGUGAAGUUUGUGCGGAUGGCAGGUGAUGAGACUCAGCCAACUCGGUUUGCUUUUGUGGAAUUUGCAGACCAAAAUUCUGUACCAAGGGCCCUUGCUUUUAAUGGAGUUAUGUUUGGAGACAGGCCACUGAAAAUAAAUCACUCCAACAAUGCAAUAGUAAAACCCCCUGAGAUGACACCUCAGGCUGCAGCUAAGGAGUUAGAAGAAGUAAUGAAGCGAGUGCGAGAGGCUCAGUCCUUUAUCUCAGCAGCUAUCGAACCAGAGUCUGGAAAGAACAAUGAAAGAAAAGGCGGUCGAUCUCGUUCCCACACUCGUUCAAAAUCCAGGUCUAGCUCAAAAUCCCGUUCUAGAAGGAAAAGAUCACAGUCAAAACACAGGAGCAGAUCCCAUAAUAGAUCACGUUCAAGACAAAAAGAUAGACGUAGAUCUAAGAGCCCUCAUAAAAAACGCUCUAAAUCAAGGGAGAGGCGGAAGUCAAGGAGUCGUUCGCGUUCACGGGACAAAAGAAAAGACAACCGAGAAAAAAUCAAGGAAAAGGAAAGAGUGAAAGAAAAAGAUAGAGAAAAGGAAAGGGAAAAAGAGAGAGACAGGGAAAAGGAACGUGAAAAAGAAAAGGAACGGGGUAAAAACAAAGAUAAAGACCGGGAUAAAGAACGGGAAAAGGACCGAGAUAAAGACAAGGAGAAGGACAGAGAGAGAGAGCGGGAAAAAGAGCAUGAAAAGGAACGAGACAAAGAGAAGGAGAAGGAACAGGACAAAGAAAAGGAACGAGAAAAGGACAGAUCCAAAGAGAUAGAUGAGAAAAGAAAGAAGGAUAAAAAGUCCAGAACACCACCCAGAAGUUACAAUGCAUCAAGAAGAUCUCGUAGUUCCAGCAGGGAAAGGCGUAGGAGGAGGAGCAGGAGUUCUUCCAGAUCACCAAGGACAUCAAAAACCAUAAAACGGAAAUCUUCUAGGUCUCCAUCCCCUAGGAGCAGAAAUAAGAAGGAUAAAAAGAGAGAAAAAGAAAGGGACCACAUCAGUGAAAGAAGAGAGAGAGAACGUUCAGCCUCUACAAGAAAGAGUUGUAAUGACAGAGAUGGGAAGGAAAAGGUGGAGAAGAACAAUACUUCACUUAAAGAGAAGGAGCACAAUAAAGAACCAGAUUCAAGUGUGGGAAAAGAAGUAGAUGACAAGGAUGCACAAAGGACUGAGGAAAACAAAGUACAGCAAAAUGGGAAUUGUCAACCAAAUGAAGAAAACCUCUCUACCAAAACAGAAGCAGUAUAGGACCUACAAAUGCACCUCUAAACACACGCUGGAAUAGAAUCCAAAGCUUUGAAUUCUCUCAACAAGAUGUUAAACAGUGAAGAAAUCCAGUGGAGCAUAAAGAUAUGAGCUAACAGCUUUUUUAGUUGUUAGGUGACUUUGUGGCCAUCUUGUUACUGAGUAAGAAAAUAAAGCAUGGACAUCGUGAAAAUAACAGGUGUUACCCAAACUCCUCAUCUUCUAAAAGCUGUGCAUUUCCAUGGUGGCUGACACACUUGUCAUGUGGUUUGUUAAGUGUUUGCGAAGAACCAUUAAAAUAAAUGGGACAUUAAAGAUCUAAAUUUGUACUAUCCAUUAAAGACUGGAGAUAAGCAUUGGAGGCUCUUUUAAAAAAUGCUAGUAACUGAUUUUGUAUUGUUUUACUUUUUUUUUAAUUUCAAUAUAUUACAGAUUGAUGAUGUGCUUGAAAUUGGUGCAAAUAUAUACACACCCUUGUAAGUGCGGAGUAUGUAAGAAGUUUUAACAUUGACUUCACAGGAUUUACAGUGAUUGUGUUAAAUUCUCACUAUUGUGUUUUCUUUUGCUCACUGUUUAGGACAGCAGUUUUUCUUUAAAAUAGUUUUACAGAUUAAAGUUGCUUACAUGAGUGGAUUAAAAACCAGCUGACAAUGCAUGCUACUGUUCUUUUUCAAAAGGAAGAACAACUGUGUUGAAUACUAAUAAUAUAUUAGUAUUCAGUGUUCAGAAUCAUUGGGUCUUCCCACAAAAUAACCAUUUCUUUUUGAACUCUUUUGACAUUUCCAAGCUUAUUAUGAACAGUAUCACAGUGUGUGUUGUCAGUUGUAGGUGGCAAAGGUGCCAUUUAUAAUAAGAAAACUGGGUUUUCAAAAUGGGCUAUGGGAGCACAAGCUGAAGCUUUAGUGCCUUCUACAAUGUGGUAUACUGUUUUCUAGAAUUUUAUAUGGACUAGUCAUUCUCAAUUCAUAUGGAGUUUAGAUGGAUAUUCCAUUCCCUCCCAUAGAGAAGUGUGAAAGUGGUAUGUCAGAAGAGCUUCUUACUUGGUUCACUUAAUAUGAGAGGGAAGUCUGUUUUCAAGAAUGACUUUAGAGCUUAAAACAGCAAUGCAGUUUUGGGACCAUCAGUUUCAUACUGUGAUAAUUGAAAAUGAAGCAGCAUGUUCUUAUUUUACUUAAAGCAGAACGCUUUAGUUGUCUACAUUGGAUGGCCUUAAUUAUUACCUCUCAAUCAUCUUCUCAUAAAUGAUGUGCAGAAAUUGUACUUAAAGGAGAACAUAUGAGUUUGUCUUAUGUGUAAGGAUGUGUUUACUUAAGCUUAAAAUAUAGGUCAUCCGACAUUGUUAGGCACACUUUUUGCAGAAAGUAUGCAAGUAGUAAAAUGACAACAUUGCUAAUAUUUUCCCCCAGAACACAACUCAUAGUUUCAGAACUCUUUUCAUUGUAUUUCCAAAAGUUAUACCUUUUAAUUAGCAUGUUAUUUAAAAAAUCAAGUAUAAUUAGUUUAAUGCAGUCUAAUACAAUCAAAUUACUCAGUUGCCUUACCUCAUGGGAAGAGUUACUUAUAGAUUUAAAAAGCUGAGUAGCACAUCAGUUACUUGGUUUCAACUUGAGUUUUCUUUUAAUGUUAAUACUAUUGAAAUUUAAGUAUUUGGUGAAGAAUGGAAAGAAUUGCCCUUAUUGCAAGUAAUGAAGCCUGGUUUGAUUAUGAAGCUGCUUAAUUACUCCUCAUGUGUUCAGAAUUACUGUGUCUUUUUUUCCUUUUUUUCACUGUGUACAUUAAAAUUUUUGAAAAUGCUUUACUAUGUAAAGUAUAGAUGGUCAUUUUAAUCAUUCAACCACAUACGGUUGGCUGGUAAACAGCUUAUUUUGAUAUAAGAAUGCUUGGGUGUAUAUGGAAAGAUUGUGAAGGAGUGUGUGUGUCUUGCAUCAAAGCUUCUUAUUUAUGAUAAUGUAAGUAGAAUAGAGCAAAUGUUGUUUGAAUCUUUGUUAUUUUUAGUACUGUUUCUCUAAUAAAGCUACGUAUUUUAGAGGAAGGUAUUUGUUCAUGCAUUUCAAAACAGCAUCUUAGGUUUGUCCUGUUCUUGUUUUAGCUGGCAUAGAAAUUGUUUUGAUAUGGAGAGUGCAUGUUUGUGUGGUGUGUAAAGCCAUCAUUUAAAGUUUGAGUAUUUUCUUGUACUCUGGACUCUAUUAAAUGUUUUUUAUGUUGGUAA